AUGACCGUCAGCAACGGAGACGCAAAGCCCGCAGAGGUAUCCGUCACCUCCGUCACAGAUGCUGCCGCCGUGCCGUCUUUGAUCAAGCAGAUCAGUGCUCUGGGUGAUAACUUUGGCGAGAACACCAGCGAUGAGACUCGUCUGAGUCUUUGCCUAAAGGCUAGGGCUCUAUGGAAGGCUCUCGAGACUCCCCGUGAGACUAUGAUCCGCCAUUGCUGGGGUCAGCCUGCCGCCAUGUGCGCUCUCACGGUCGGAACAGAGAAGGGCAUCUGGGAGUAUCUCGCCGAACACCCCGGUCCCUUCAAAGCAGCCGAAGUCGCCAAGGCCAAAGAAAUCGACCCUCCCAUUCUGUGCCGCCUGAUGAAGCACCUCGCCGCCAUGGGCUACCUGAAGGAGCUCGGCCCCGACACCUACGAGCGAACCAACUUCACCAAGGCCAUGGCCGUACCCAUCAUUGGCCAGAGCUACCCUCCCAUCUCAGGGGGCUGCAACGCUGCGCUUGACCAAUUCUCAAAAUGGGCGCACAAGACGGGCUGGAAAACGCCCAACAGCAUCUCUGAUGGGCCCUAUCAGAUGGCGUUCAACACGGAGUUGAAUUUCUUCCAGUGGCUUCAGGCGAACCCACCGUAUGGCCAGCAGUUCAACUACCACAUGGGCGGGUACCACCAAGGUCGUCCGUCGUGGAUGGACCCCGGUUUCUACCCCGUUGAGGAGAACCUCGUCAAGGGCUUUGACAAUGCCGAAGGCAGUGCCCUGAUUGUCGACAUUGGCGGUAGCAUUGGUCACGAUCUGGAGGAGUUCUACAAGAAGCACCCCAAUGUUCCUGGUCGUCUCAUCAACCAAGAUCUCCCCAUUGUCAUCGGUCAGAUUGAGAAGCUCGACGACCGCAUCGAGCCCAUGUCCUACGACUUCUACACCGAGCAGCCCAUCAAAGGCGCCCGAGCGUACUUUAUGCACUCCGUCCUCCACGAUUGGCCCGACGAAACCUGUCUCCAGAUCCUCUCCAACAUCACCGCGGCCAUGAAGCCCGGCUACAGCAAGCUCCUUAUCAACGAGAACGUGAUUCCUGACACGGGUGCGCACUGGGAGACCACGGGAUUGGACAUCAUGAUGUUGACGUUGCUGUCUUCUCGGGAACGCACAAGGGAGAACUGGGAGGAUCUGUUGAGUAAGGGCGGUUUGAAGAUUAGUGGUAUCUAUAGUAGCAGGGAGGGGGCAGAGAGCUUGAUUGAGUGUGAGCUGGCGUAA